AUGCCGUGGAAGCUCUCCACAGAGACGUCUCCAGAGGCAGCGAAUCGCCCGCCAUUGACCUCCCAGCAAUCGAAUUCCCUGCCCUCGACGCCGUACCAACAUGCGCGGAAAAUCUCCUUCCACUCCCGAUCACCCUCGCCCCCUCACGGAAAUACCUCCCCUCGAUCCACCCACUCCGAGUCUACGCACCUUCCCCCGUCCCAGCGGAGACAGUUCUCCUGCUGUAAAUACGAAACCGCCAUGGCCAUGGCCCGAAGGCGGAUCCCGUACUCCAUUGGUGCCGACUUGCUACCGGAGGUGAAGGAGGGUCUCAAGGAGCGUCUGGAGCCGGAGGAGGAGAAACGACUUAGUGCGGAUAUGUGGGAGGUAUAUGAUCGACUGCUACCAUCAGCGGAGAGUGACGAUCGGCGGCGACAACUCGUUCGCAAACUGGAAAAACUCUUCAACGACCAAUGGCCGGGGUCUAAUAUCAAGGCUCAUGUUUUUGGUUCAUCGGGGAACAAGCUCUGCUCGAGUGACUCGGACGUGGACAUAUGUAUUACGACUACCUAUAAGGAGCUGGAACAUGUCUGUUUGCUAGCGGAGGCUUUGGCGAGGCAUGGUAUGGAACGGGUCGUUUGUAUCUCGAAUGCGAAAGUGCCCAUUGUAAAGAUUUGGGACCCGGAGUUGUGUUUAGCGUGCGACAUGAAUGUCAAUAACACUAUGGCACUGGAAAAUACGCGGAUGGUCCGGACAUAUGUAGAAUUGGACGAACGCGUGCGACCGUUAGCCAUGCUAGUUAAACAUUGGACGAAACGGAGGAUACUGAAUGAUGCUGGUGGUGGAGGCACGUUAAGCUCCUAUACGUGGAUCUGCUUGAUCAUCAACUUCCUGCAAACCCGGAACCCGCCGAUAUUACCGAGUCUCCAGGCCCGCCCACAUAAGAAGAGGUUGACAGCGGAUGGGAUAGUGUGUUCAUUCGACGAUGAUCUCGAUUCUCUGGUCGGGUGUGGGAAAAAGAACAAGCAGAGCCUCGGAGAGCUAUUUUUCCAGUUUUUCCGAUACUACGGCCAUGAACUCGACUACGAAAAUCACGUGGUUUCUGUUCGUGAGGGCAAGCUAUUGACAAAGGAGGCUAAAGGCUGGCACCUGCAACACAACCGUCUUUGUGUAGAAGAGCCAUUCAACACUAUGCGCAACCUGGGGAACACAGCAGAUGAUACGUCGUUUCGAGGGGUCCAUAUGGAGCUGCGCAGGGCAUUCUCCGCGGUCUCGGAAGGCAACCUGGAGCACUGCUGCGAACAGUACGAGUACCCAGCCGAGGAAGAACGUUCAUGGGAGAGGCCGCCUCCCCAGCCGCUACCCGUCAUCAGUGCAGCGCCGCCGCCAUCCCGCGGUGGCCGCGGCGGCGGCCGCGGUGGGCGGCAUUCGAACCAGUUCGGCCGCGGCGGACACAACAAUGGCCGCAGGACAUCGAAUACGCCGAACAAGUCGAACAGCUUCCGACAGCCCAACGGUCUAACCCCCUCCGAGAUCUCUUUGCAGGCCCAGCACGCGCAGUACCUAUUGCAUGACCAUCUCUUCCAGCAGAUUCAGUACCUCCAGGCCCAGGAGCAGGGACUGCGGGCGCAGCUGCAAAACCAGGCGCUACUCACAGGGAGACCGCCCCCUGUCCUCAUCCGACAACCGUUUAUCCAAUUCCCAAUGCCUCAGCAGGAAUCAUCCGGUGACGACAACUCGCGAUCUCGGUCAGGGACAGUGAACCACCCCCCUCUCAGCGCCCCGCUCCGCCAGCCUGUUUACUACAGCAGCCCUUAUCUCUCGGUUGCUGCUCCCGGCACCCAAGGAAGCACUACGAAUCCGCCGUCGCCAUCAGCCGCCGCUACCAUGCCGGAUUUCAGGCGCAGCCCCCGCCGAUCGUCCGUUGCGAAUGGGUCUCCGGGCGGGUCACUCCGGGCACAUUCGCAACCGGCGCGGACGGUAAAUUCCCUUCCAAGUUUUGCUCCACUGUACUCCAUCUCUCAACCGACAGAUGGCUCUCCGAUGUCGAAAGCUCGUCGGACGUCGGCUUCGCCUGACGGUACGCAGAGCGAGGAGGACAAUACCUUCAUGCCGAGUAGCCUGCCGAAUGUGUCUCGCUCCACGUACUUCGAUGAAGGUCGAACGAACGAGUAUAUGGGAUACUAUCUUGCGACGUCUCCGCAGCUGCAGACGUAUCAUCAGAAUGCCUUGUUGUCUUCACUGUCGUCCCCGAUCGGGUUAGCAAUGCAGAACGGCGGCAUCCUACCGUACAUGUCAACAGUACCGCCUGCUGAAGCUACUGGUCAGGUCUCGGAUUAUGGCACGGCCCUGCCAGCAAAACCGGUAUAUACGCAUCGCACGGCCUCUCGAUCUGCCGCAUCUGGUGACCGUGGCGGUCCGUUAAUCGUCGACGGCUCCGUGCCCCCUACCCCUAGCGAGCCGCGUCUGUCGGUAUCGGCCGAGGGUUAUGAUCCGUACACCAUGAGCCACUGUCCUUCGACUUCGGAUGACCUGAACAUGGAUACACCCGCCAGUGUCUCUGAUUCCUUUUCGCAGGACUACCAAGAGAACGGGUCUGCUGAGAUUGACCCGACACCUUACUUUGGUCGACAGGGUAUUGAUGCUUAUCCCACGGGUAAGUCAGCAGACGUCUUUGUCAACGGGAACGGUGGGAAGCACAGCUUGCUUUCUAGUCGCCUCCAGAGCCUUCAUCUAUCAAACACCGAGAAGGCGUCGGAACCUUUGUCGAAGAGCGGAUUCGAGAAGCCAAGACCGCCACAAACCCACCAUGUGUCUGCAGACAAAGAAAGCUCCCGCUCAAGGCAGGUGAACGUCAUGGAAAAGGGAGCGUCGAAUACCGGGCCAUUGACGCCAUCCGAUCCACACCCACCAUCAUCCACCGGGAAACGACGACCUAACGGCGUGGACCCAUCUGAUAGAGUCAACGGCACAACGCAUAAGAGCAAGCCCAAGAGCCACAACCAAUCAUCGGGGGCACAUGAUACCGAGAAACGCGGCGCUGGUCCUCAAUCUCGAAAGUCCAAUGGUGUGAACUCGACGCAUGACUCUGCCAGUGCUCAUUCCAGCAGCGGUUGGCAGACAACCAAGAAGAAGCCAAGAAAAAGUGCAAAGCAUUCAACAGAGCACAGAUAUGGCCUGCACAGCGGCGCAGAGCCACUACCGGCCGACGAGUCACUCCGAAAGGGUGGCUAA